CAGGGAGUCCGUGCACUACGCCGGGCGUUCCCACCCCUGUCCCGGCCGUCUCCUCCGCUACUUACUCGAGCAGAUCUCCCGCUUUCCGCACCAGUGUCCACUGUCCAGUCGCCUCUCCUCCCAAGGCUCGCCUGAUGCGUCGCGGGAUAGCCGCCGCAUUGCUGCUCUUGCUCGUUGCCGCCGCCGCCGCGGCGCUCCUGGUCCUGGCUCCGCCCCUCUCCUGCGCGCUCUCCGGCUCCGCGGGUCGCCAGCCGCCGCCCCCUCCAGUGCUGCCGCGAGGUGGUGGCGGCGGCGACGCCGGGCUGCGUGAAGGGAUGGCGCUGGCGGCCGUGGGUGCCGCGAGGCGGUUGGGGCAGAGGACGCCCCUGAGCAAGCCUCCCUCGCCGAGACCCCACGGCAUGACGUCGAUGGCCAUGCCGCCGUCGCCGACGCCACCGUCGUCGACUUACUAGCUGGUGCCAAGGUCAGGGGCGGGAGUAGUGAAUACUGAUACGUGUACGCGUUGAUGCCCUCGACCGGCUGCGCUGUGCUCUUCCCGGCGGCGAUCUCCAGAUCUCUUCGUGGUGAACAACCGGCUGCUGUGUGCAAUCAUGAUUUUGCUACCGAUAAAUAGUAUACAGGAAACAUGUGAGGAUAUGCACCUCACUCAUGACCCCGACAAUAGUGUUUUCUCUGUUAAUUCAACGUACACGCGCAGUUGAUUGCCACUAAUUCUCGU